AAUCUUAGUUGAAUCAUACUUUUGCAAAAGCGGUGCAGAAAACAAGUUGAAAAUUUUGUAAUUUAAUAAAAAUAAAUAAAUAUUAAUUGAAUAUAUUAAUAUAAAAACUUUAGACGAAAAGUUAAUGAAAUAAAAGUAAAAAAGACUUAAAUAUUAAAAACUAAAUAAAUACAAAAAAUAUCCUUAAAUUUAUUGAAGCCCUAAAUACGUAUUUGUAGCAAAGAAAAAAACAAAGUUAAUAUUUCCUUGGUAUCCUUAUCGUACAUUAACGUUUUAUAUUUUUUUUUUUUUUGUGUAAUUCUGAGUGACACAAAAACAACUAAAUACAAUAAUGGCACUGGAUUUUGUAGCCACCUAUAAAGUUUUAGUUCUGGGCGAUUCCAAUGUCGGUAAAACUUGCAUCGUUCACAGAUAUUGUGAUGAAAAAUACUAUGACACAUACAUCUCUACCAUAGGUAUUGAUUUUAAACAAAAACUUAUUAAUUUGGAUGGUGUACCUAUAAAAUUACAAAUUUGGGAUACAGCCGGCCAAGAAAGAUUUCGCACUUUAACGACAGCUUACUAUAGAGGCGCCAUGGGUAUUUUACUGAUGUACGAUGUUACCAAUUUAGAAAGUUAUAAUAAUUUGUCAUAUUGGUUAAGAAAUAUACAAGAGAAUGCUUCACCGGAUGUAGUAAAAGUUUUGGCGGGUAAUAAAUGUGAAUGUUCGGCUACACAAAGAAUGGUGGAUAAAGAGAGAGGGGAAAAGAUUGCCGAAAAUUUUGAUAUGCCCUUCUUUGAGGUUUCUUGUAAAAAUAAUAUCAAUAUAGAGGAUGCUUUUCUAUCAUUAGCUCGCAAAAUACGUGAACAAAGAGAAAGAAGAGGCGAAAAUUUCGAUAAUGACGAUAAACCCCAAGAGAAGAAAUCGCCUGGUUCAAAUGGUUUGGGUACUUUUAGUCUUGCCAGUUUAUCGGAAGCAAAUCGCUGUUCCUGUUAAAUAAAUUAAGCAUUAAGAGUAACAUAAACUUUCAAAUAUUUUUUUAAGCAAAUACUUAUAAUACACCUGCAGAAAUUAGACGUAUAAAAAUUAUGUCCAAAAAUAAAAUAAGAAAAAAAAUAUUAUGUUAGCAAGUUUUAUCAUGUUACAUGUAUUAUACGAUUAUGAAAUAAUGAAAAUUAGCAAAAACCAAAAAUAUCUAAAUCUUAAACGUACAGAUAAUGCAUUUUUUUUAUCAUAGUUGUUUAUUCCGUUUUUUUCCAUAAACUAUGUUUUAAAUAUAUUUAAAUAUAAUUUUGUGAAAAUUUCGAUAAUUACACUUAGCGAAAAGUUUAAAUAGCUUGUAUAAUAUUAUACAAUAGUUAAAUUUAUGCCACAAAAGUUUAAAUAUUAGUAUUAGAAAAAAGAUUUCAAAAUUACUAAAAACAAAAUAAACAAUCAUACAUAGAAAAAGGAAACACUCCUUUUGUUUCAAAAUUAAUUUUAGUUUCAACACCCUUUUAGACCCAUGUUUGACUUGUAAUCAAAAAUUUUAUACUAUUGUACUACUUUCAAUAAAUUUUUCGUAGUUCUUUUGCUUUAUUACGGACUAUUUUCUUUUCACAUAAUAGUUCUAGAUUAAACUAUCUGUUUCAAAACUAUACUAUAGCAUCGGGACAAAAUAUUUAUUCGGGGAAUGAAUAUUUGUUUUGUAACUAAACUUUAAUACAUUUAUAUAAAAUUAGACUUUAUUUUUUCCAACUGCAAAUGUUAACAUAGAAAUAUAAUUUUAAACCGAUUUUUAUAAGUUAUUUCUAUAUUUAUCCAAAUUUUUAGGAAUGAUAUACAUUUAAGCCUUCAAACUUAAUUCAGAUUACUAUACUUUUACUAGCGAUCUGUCAGAACACCUUCGAAAUUUGUUAACUCUGUUAGAUAAAUCGAAAAAUAUGGCAGUAUAUGUAUGUAAGUACUCUCCUAUAUUCUCCCCUUAACAAUCCUAUCAGAAUUAUAGCAGUUCUUUUCGAAUUAAGCCUAGUAGUACUCUGUUCAUAUUUGAGAACAAUGUUAUAUGCAUAUUUUAUAUGUAGUUUGACAUCAUUCCUCACGAAAUUUUGAACAAAGUACCUAGCUUUAGAUUUAAUUGAAAGUUAUGAAAUUUAAGUACAUAAUUAAUAAAUUUAAUGGUAUUAAAACAACUCAAUAUAUUUUUUAAAAAUCGCUCAGAAAAAUUGCACAGCAUAUAAAUUUUUGUAGAUAUACAACACAUAGUUUUAUAAUUAAAAAAAAGAAAAGUUUUAAAUAAGAAAAAUUUUUUAAGCAAAAAUCUACUAAAAUAGAGCUUGAUUCCAUGUACUUAGAAAUAUAAAAUAUAGCAAAUAAAAUCCGAGAAUAUAGCAAUAAUUUCCGGUUCAACAAUUCAAAGCAUAUUUAUUUUUGCUAAAAGAAACUUUAGUCCAUAACUAAAAUAGAUUUCAAUAAAAAAUCCUUUUUAAUUUACCAAAAUAUUUUGCUAAUAUAAACAAAACCCAUCGAAUUAUACUAAAUAAUUUAGUUUUCUUUAAAUGCUAAGUACACUAUUUUAAAAGAAAAAAAUUUUGGUUUUAUUUGUAUGUAUGUAUUUUUUCUCUGCAUUUAAAUUUAUUUUGCUAAAUUAUUUAUGUGAUUAUUUUAUUUUUGUAAUUUCGUAUAGUAAUGUAAAUAUCAACUUUUCUUGACAUAUUAUUUUAUAUGGUCAAUUAAAAUUUUAUCAUUAAAACUUAUAUUAAUACAUGCAGAAUAUAAAUGAGGUAUUAACAUAUUAAAUCAAUAUAUUAACAUAAUGAAUUCUAUAUAAUCUUAAAUACAUAAGUGAGAUUUUUAUUAAUUCUAUGACAAAUAUGUCACAUAGAUAAUUUUCUAA